CAAAGUGUUAACACGGACUAGUGCAAGACGAGUAUUGUUGAUUCUAAGUGUCGUGUGGUGUGUGGCAGUUUUUCUUGUCUCGUUAUAAAUAUUGAAUGAAAAAGAAUUAACUGCAAAUUAAUUUAUUACUAGUUGUUGGUCACAAUUAUGAGAGGCUUUAAGCUUUAAUCUUAACAGAGAAAGCAAAAACAAAAAAAUAUAGAAAUAAUCUCCUCAAAUAUAAACUUCAACAUGAAUCACACAAAUGGCCCCAAAUCCUCACCUAAAGUCUCUCCCAAAGUGGGCCAACGUAAUUUAGCCUAUAUAUCAGAGGCCCCCGACAUAAAUCAUGCAACAACACAGCAACACACAAAUCCUCCUCCCAGAGCAGCCACAUCUCCUGCUACUGAUAUAAUAGGAGAUAUUACUGGGGACUUUGGUGUGUGGCAAAUCAGAACGAUACUCAUUAUAUUCCUGUGUAAAAUUCCCGCCUCUUGGUUUAUGGCCUGCAUUAUAUUCACCGCUCCCGAACUUUAUCCAAGCACGGAGUUUGUUUGUGACUCGACAUCUUUAAUGCCAAAUCAAAGUAUUUCCCCGGAUCAAUGUUAUGUAGAUGAUGCAGUGACGGGUCAUCGUCGGGAGUGUACACAAUUUUUGUACGAUUUUAAUUUUCAAUCUCUGAUUAUGGAAUUCGAUUUGGUGUGUUUGAGGGAUAUAUUUGUGGCGUGGACCCAGUACUGGCAUUUGUUUGGUGUCUUGGUGGGAGGUGUAGCAGCUACCAAAAUGAUGUUAUUCAUUAGUCCCCGAAAUGUGUAUUUUAUUGGCCAAAUAGCCCAGAUUAUAUGUGGUGUAGUGACGGGUUAUGCCAGGGACUUUAGUUUACAUUGUGCUUUUCGCUGUUUGUCGGCUGUUUGCUGUGCUAUCAUGUUUACUUCGGGCCAAGCGAUAUUUGCCGACAUCACCUCCGGUAUUUACCGAGCCGGCGCCAUCAUACUCUACGAUACAUUCUGGUCCCUAGGAGUCAUCUUUCUACCCUCUCUCUCGUCCUUUUUCACAAGUUGGACUCACAUUUAUCUCGGCAUAACAUUCCCUACAUUAUUCUUAACAUUGCUGCUGCAAUGGACACCCGAAUCUCCACGUUGGCUCUUGAAAAAUGGCGAUGAUAAAGUGAUUAAUCGUGUAGCGGAUAUUGUGCGUGAAGGUGCAGCCAUAAAUCAUCGUCUCGAUAAAAUACCAGAAGAUUUUCUACAACAAUUGCAGAAUUUAAGGACAAAAAUGAAAUCAGCUCCAGCACCGGCCAAAUGGUUGGAAUUAUGGCAGGGUCCCAGAGCAAAAGUGCACAUGGUAGCGGCUCAUUUGGCUUUGGCAGCGUUUAUUAUAAACUUCAUGGGCAUGUUGCUGAAUAUGCGAUCAUUUGGCCGGGAUUAUUUGGUGCCUAACACUGUGGCGAUGGGCUUUUCUGAAAUAUUUGGCUGCUUUUUGGCCUUACACUUUACUUUGAAGCACAACAAGUGGAAAUGGCAAUGGGCUGGUGGUUUUAAUAUAUUAGCGGGUCUAUUAGGCUGCCUAGGCUGGUUAUUUAGUUCGGCAGAUAUGAAUCCCGAACUAAAAGUCACGUUAUGGAUGAUAAUUGCCACCAUACCCAAGGCGGCGGUCUCCUGUGCCCAAUCCAUGAUAUUAGCCUGCAUGCAUGAGGUAAUGCCGGCCAAUAAAAAAGUUCCCUUUGUCUUCUCGGUGGUAACAUGGGCACGCAUCUGGCUGCUGUCAGCUCCAUUUGUUAAUGUCCUCAAGAAAAUCGAUGUAGCCAUGUCCUUAACUGCUUAUUGUGCUCUAAGUAUAUUUGGUGGCUUUUUCACCUGUCUUAUACUGACACCCCGGGCGCCUACACCUGCCGCCAUAGAAGAGCAAGGAAAACCCAGAAAUAAUAAUAAAAAUGCAUCACCACUGGCAAAACCUGUCUGGACAACGGAAACGAAUGUAAAUAAUACUCGUCUUUGAAACAGUAACACAAAAGGGCAAUAAUUGCCGCAGGAAGUAAUAGGAAGAAAGGCUAUUUGUAGUUAAUUUAGUUUAAUUGAGAAGAAAACUUUAUUGCAACAAGUGUGAUAAUAAAAUAUUAAAACAAAAAGAAAAGAAAGAGUUUAGCUAAAAGCAAAUGACAGAAUGAAUGAAAUGAAAUGAAACACGUGUAUUGUAGUCGUACUUAAACUAAUUAUAAGAAUUAAUGUAAAGUUUUAUUUUAUUUUUUAUAUUAAAAGAAAUCAACUAAUAAAAAAUGUGAUUUGUACGAUAAAAAACUGAAAAA